AUGCCCGACGACGCUAACCCACCUCCAACCACUUCUUCGCCAACCACUGCGCGCUCAAAACCCCGAGGGACUACUGCCGGCGUCGUUCGCGGUCGCACGUCACCAACACCAGGUGCAUCCGGCGAGCAGCCGAACGACGGGCGACCUCCAACCAAACGCACUUCCGCAAUGUGCUAUCAAGAUGCUCGAGGUCAUGAACCCAGCGAUCCUCUUGCCCGCGGAGAUGAUCAUCACUACACCCGCAUCGAUCCUGCCCAAGAGAUCGCCCGCGUUCGUCAUUCAAUAUCCCUCCUGGAGGCAUAUGUCUUCCCCAACCAGCGACCAACUGCCAGUCAGAGACGCGCCAGUGACGCAGCCGCAUUACUUGUGCCUAAGAAGGAGACUGUUGAUCCAGAGGUCGGAGAAAAGGCUGCCGCUGCACCUGGCAUGCUUGGGAGCCAGGUCCAAGGUGGACUAUACGCCGGCCCUACCAGUGCCGCCACACAUCUGUUAAUGAACGAAGGACGCGAAUCAGACGAUUCUGACAGCAGACAACAAAGUCAAGACCGCGUUAAUGAUGAUUUCGCUUCUAUGACUCAGGAGUAUGAUCGUGAUCUGCUCACCCUUCUCCCAUCUCUUGAAGUCAUCGACGGCCUCAUCAAGUGUUACUUCGAAUACUGCAACUGGAUAUACCGACAUGUCAAUCAACCCUCUUUCAUGCAGCAGUGGGAGAGGUACAAGUCAGGUGCUAAAGCCGACCGCAUCGUUCUCGCCACCGCCUGUGCCAUGAUGUCGAUCGCGACCCACUACCUGCCAGCCCAGCACCAUUUGCUCGAAACCUUCCAAGAGACGCACGAAGAGAUCGGCCAAAAGUUUUUCGAGGUUUCGUCAACGUCCCUUCAGCGGCGGAAUGCGGAGUCGAGAGCAUAUAGCUUGGAGCUUGUUGAGCUCCUGCUGAUCCGUACACAUUUCUUAACGCUGUCAAAGACCGACAGCGAGGAAAUAUGGCACGUGCGAGGAGACCUCAUAACUAUUGGGACCGCGAUGGGACUACACCGAGACCCAGGAAAAUGGAGGAUGCACAGGGAUGUCGCCGAGCGCCGACGAUGGGCCUGGUGGCAUAUAAUCUUGCUCGAACGGUGGGUUAUCAUUGAAAAAUAUCGUAUCCACUCAUUUACUGACAUGAACACAUUCAGUUGGCAGGCCUUCAUGUUCGGACGACCAAUAAGCAUAGCUUCUCAUCAUUUCGAUACCCAGCUUCCGUCCUAUUGCGAUCCAUCUCUGGACAAGACCGGUCGGCUGUAUCUACCUAACAUUGCCCUCUUUCGCCUUGCCUUCAUUCUGGGAGAUAUCAUGGACGAUGCAGUUUCGGUCCGGCCAGUUCCUUAUGAAAACGUGCAAGCAAACGAUCGUGCCUUGACGCAGUGGAUGGACAACCUGCCGGAGGAGCUCGACCUGGAUGAGUAUCGUGUGGCGAGAAGUCUAGCAUCGACGAACGUUGCCGUACGCAGAUUGGGUGUCCAGAGCGUUAUCAUCCGCACUUCCUAUUACCACAUCCGCUUCACCCUUCAUCGACCCUAUGCCAGCGCCAGCACGAGCUCGCCAGCCAGCAGCAAGAGCCCUGCCACGGACUCUGCGAAAUCCGCGCAGAGCCUCGAGAUCGCCGUGGGUGCCGCCGACAAGCUCAUUACCAUGGUUGGGCAGUCACGGCCGGAUUUCUUGGCCAAUUCCUCCUUGGCCGUCCCAGGACACAUGAACUGGGGCCCCUUCCACUGCUUCUCUGCGGCGAUGUUCUUCUCAUUCCAGCUUAUCGCCAACCCAGACCAAGCCGGUGCGGGUCUCUUCCGCGAGAGCAUUCGCAAGGCAAUUACGACACUCGAGCAGUCUAGGGGCAUCGCCGUCGCGGAUAAGGCGUACGACAUCCUGACGGCACUUGCACCACUAUAUUCACCCGAUUUUCCACUGGCGACGGUGGAGGCACGGGAGAAGCGCCGCGCCCAGGUGCUUGGGACGGUGCGCAAGCUUGCGUUCCCGUACCACGACUCGCACGACCCGCGGCGGUUCGGAGACUCACCCAGCGGGCGCGGGACGAUGAGCUCGCCCGCUAACUCCAGCUCGGUAAGCCCUCCGAUGACGGUGAUAUCCGCGCUGCCGCAAUACGAUUCGAUCCCAUCGCACUCCCUCUCCUCAAUGCGCACGCCUUCUAAUUUGUACCCCACACAACAGUCGCUUGCUCAACCCCACAUGCAGAACAUGUCGCCCCAGGCCCAGUCGCAGGUCGUUGGGCAUGGACAGACCCUUACAUCGACGACGAGCUACCAGUAUCCGGUGGCACCAAGUCACAUCUACCCAGACCCCACUCGAUACUCGUCCUAUGUCCAACCCGUUGACGAUAGUAUGUGGGGUGCCGCCGUUGGGUUUGGUCAAGGAGAAUGGACUCAAUUCUUGGAUGGUUUACGCCCUGACGCCCAAUCCAAUCGACAUUUGCAAGGCUCAUAG